UCUGCUGAUAAUACAGAACUCUAGGAGUCACUCUGCACAUGCUCAGUUUAGUGUGUAUUGCUAGGGAGGUUUAUAUCUACUAAAAUAAUUACAUUUCUAUGUUUUGUGUACUGUGGGAGACCAGAUAUAGUGAAUGCAGGGUCCGGGGAGACCAGAUAUAGUGAGUGCAGGGUCCGGGGAGACCAGAUAUAGUGAGUGCAGGGUCCGGGGGAGACCAGAUAUAGUGAAUGCAGGGUCCGGGGAGACCAGAUAUAGUGAAUGCAGGGUCCUGGGAGACCAGAUAUAGUGAAUGCAGGGUCCGGGGAGACCAGAUAUAGUGAAUGCAGGGUCCGGGGAGACCA